UAUCAGCUAUUCAGAAAAAUACGCAUAGAUUCACAGAUUCCAAUUACUUUCCCACUGUGUGCAAGGUCGCACAAGCAUUAUAAGUGGGCCAGCCGUACACAAUUCAAAUCGGGUACGUCUUUAUUCCGAAUCUUAAGCUCUGACGGAGUGGCCAUGCGCAAGUCCAUUAUAUACAUUCUGCUGUGGAUUCUGGGGUUAAGCAGAGUCUGCUGUAGCUCUGUGCUUAAACAGCUUUUUCCCGACUACAACUACCAAAGGCCUUAUUGGCCCCAGUUCUAUCCUGACUUUUACAACAGAGGUUAUUCCCAGCCACAGCCAGAACGGCCUGCAAAAUCGACGCGGUCAUACAAGGACAUCUGCAGGUUGGUCAACACCAACGGUUUUACAAACCCCGGAGGAGUGCCUAAGUGCCCUUACUAACCUGCUGAACCUUUUUAUCUACAUAUACAACACACAUAUAUUGUUAAUAAAUCUAAAUUGCAUUUACCAUA